AUGAAGGCCGUCUCUCAACCCCUAGCUGCCAACAUGCUCGCCAAGAUCGGCCUCAACGAGUCCACCAGUGAGCCGUUCAAGCUGCUGGACCACGGCUGUGGGCUGGGCGUCGUCUCGCGGGUGCUGAAGGAGACGAUUCCUCUAGAUGUGAUGCAGAGAAGCAGCGUGCUCUGUGGGGACUCUAGCGAGACGCUCGUGGGCGCUGUCAGGAAGAGGAUCGUGACGGAGGGUUGGGCCAACACCGAGGCGAGGGUCUUGGAUGCGCAAAACUCCGGCCUCCCUGCUGAGAGCUUCACACAUGUCGUCUCGAACAUAUGUUUCCACCUCGUGCCAGACUCCCAGGCUGCUCUGAAAGACAGUAUUCGCCUCCUCGCGCCAGGCGGGACGUUGGCCAUCACGACCUGGCACACCGCCAAUCCCUCAUGGGUUAUACACAUGCGUGAUGCCUUUGACUCCUUCCCGGCCUCGCUCCUCCCGGAGGACUACAAGUCCCACUUUCCCAUGCACAUGUCAUCCUGGGGCCAAUGGGGCAAUGUGGACUGGCUGAGAGACACACUCUCGGACCCGACUCUCUGUGCGCUGGAGGACGUGCGCGUUGAGGUGUUCGCGAACAGCUACUGGAUAGAGAAUGUGGAUGAGUUUAUGAAGGCCCAUGCGAAGAUGAUCGAUCUCGUGGCGGGGAUGGUGCUGACCAAGGAGAGCGUGGCCAAGCUGGGCGGGAUGGAGGGGGUCAGGGGCCGGGUGAGGGAGUACCUCGAAGGGAGGUUUGGGACGAAGGGGUGGACGAUGACGGGGCUUAGCAUCUUGGCAUGGGGGAGGAAGCCAUCUUGA